AUGAAUUAAUUAAUUUAAGAAUUAGAAUGCCGCCAUUCAACAGCAAUUCCGAUUGUUUAUAGUUUGCUUUCGAGUUGUUUCUUCGCCUUGACUGCUUUGACUAUUAAAUUAGUGCCAAAUGUGGCUCCAACUUAAGUGUUGUAUGUUAGAUCAUUGUUCACAAUAAUGAUGUUAAAAUGGAUUGCCAAGGACAAAAUUGAUAGUUAUCCAUAAAAAUAGAUAAAUAAAUUGCAAUGGAGAGGAUUGUGUGGAGGCUUGGGGACAGUGGCUUGGUUUUGGGCAGUUCGUUUGAUUUAGUCCUCAGAAGUAAUAGUGUUAUCGAAGAUCUCACCAUUGUGGACAGCUUUGAUAGCUGCAUACAUCACAAAGACAGAUAAGUUGACAUUAAAACUUUUAAUAAUAAUUUUAUUGUGUAUCAUCGGAGUGAUUUUGAUAGCCAGACCUCCCUUUUUACUUAUGGCUCUGGGAUGGACUGUGGAUGCAAAUAGAGAAUACGAUAUGCACAUGUUAGGAGUGAUGUUGGCAUUGACAUCUUCAAUUACGUAAUCAAUAGUCUAAGUGAUUAUCUCUCACUUAGCAAAGUCAGUGCAUUAAAUUGCAAUUCUCCAAUACUUCUCCUUUUACACAAUCAUAUUGCCUAUGCUUUUUGAGUUGUAUAAUUAAUCAUAGCUGGUAUUCCCCACAUAUUAAGAAUGGGUAUUUUUAUUGUUGAAUAGUGCGUCUGGAGGACUGGCUCAGUUUUUCAUGAAUAGAUGCUUCAUAUUGGGAAAAUUGAAUAAGAUGUCACUCGUGGGACAGUCAUAGGUUCUGUUUAGUUACUUUUUCGAUAUCGUGGUGUUGAAUGAGAGUCUCAACAAUUUAAGCAUUAUUGGGAGUGUUUUAGUUUGUGGGUGUUUGGUUAGUGUGAUUUUAUGA